GACGCAAAUUGAGAGAGGGAGGAGAAUGGACAAGGGAUAGGCUAUACGUAACUAAAACCUCAGUUGUAGCAGCGAGGAUAAUCUACAACCUCCAGUAACAUCAAUAUGCAGGACCAGGCCCGAUAAGAGAAUAGCCUAUGGAUUAAAUACCACAUUUGGUUGACCAUUUUUUAUCAACUGCAAUCAGUUUUUCGACGCUGUGUCCCUUGAUACAUUGUCGCAGCAGUUUCUAUUUUCAAGCAAUCAUUUUAGAAAGAAUUUGCGCUACGACGACUGAUCGCAACUCAGAUCCUACAAUUUAAACAUAAAUAAACGUUAUAGGCUAUUAUUUUGGCCACGAGCUGCAUCCACUCUUGUGGCAAUGUCGAAAACCCGGUGAGUAUAACCGUGGCUUGUAGUGGAGUUCUCUGUGGCUUCCGUAGCUACAGUACUGCCUGGUUUGAGACCUCUUUUCUGCGAUGUUCACACAAAUACAACUGAUUAACUUUGCAUGACCACGUUAUUGAAGGGGGACGCACGAACGAUAAUUGUAAUGGUUUCCUGAUAAUCAGACUGUUCUACCCAGACCAUAGCCACAAUUCUAAACCAAUAAAAUAAAAAGUGAGUGGGUUUACCAGGAGAGGAGACGAAUACGGCUUUACUGCAGCACAGCAACACAGUGAUCAUGUCUUCAAGGGAGCGUCGGUCAGACCUGUACAUCAAGGCAGAGCCCAGCAGUCCAGAGGGAGGUGGAGGAGGCCGGGCCAGCCCAGGGGGAGCCUCCUCAGACUCCUCCCAGAGUGGUGGAGGUGGGACAAGAGGAGACGGGGUUGGGCGCUACUCACCCCCUCUGUACACACCGGCCCUGCGGUGCCACUUCAAGGAGGAGGGUGGUGAUGGGGCGGAGGAGGGAUCCACAGGUAGCGGAGGAGGGCGGUGCAAGUAUGCCCUGAGCACACUUCCCAAGAGACUGUGUUUAGUGUGUGGAGAUGUAGGAUCUGGCUACCACUACGGUGUAGCCUCGUGUGAAGCCUGCAAGGCCUUCUUCAAGAGAACCAUCCAGGGUAACAUUGAAUAUAGCUGUCCGGCGUCAAACGAAUGUGAGAUCACCAAGAGGCGCAGAAAGGCUUGCCAGGCGUGCCGCUUCACCAAGUGCCUUAAAGUAGGCAUGCUGAAAGAGGGAGUCCGUCUGGACCGGGUCAGAGGAGGGAGACAGAAGUAUAAAAGGCGUCCAGAGGUGGAGAAUGCGACCUACCAGAGUACCCCUCUACCGCUUAGGAAGGAAGGGGAAAAAGGCUCCUCCAACAUCAUCGUGUCCCACCUCCUGGUGGCAGAGCCAGAGAAACUGUUUGCCAUGCCUGACCCCCUGCAGCCUGAUACGGCUCAGCGCACACUCACCACCCUCUGUGACCUCGCCGACCGCGAACUGGUCGUCAUCAUCGGCUGGGCCAAACACAUCCCCGGCUUCCUGUCGCUGUCGCUGGCAGACCAGAUGUCGGUGCUGCAAUCCGUAUGGUUGGAGGUGCUGGUGCUGGGUGUGGCCUUCCGCUCCCUGGGCUGUGAGGAUGAGGUAGUGUUCGCUGAGGACUUUGUCCUUGACGAGGAGAUGUCCCGCGUGGCUGGACUGACAGAGCUCAACGCAGCCAUCAGCCAGCUGGCCCGACGCUUCCGCUCCCUGCAGCUGGACCGGGAGGAGUUUGUCAUGCUCAAAGCCAUCGCACUCACCAACUCCGACUCUGUGUACAUAGAGGACAUGGAGGCGGUGCAGAAGCUGAGGGACCUCCUCCACCAGACCCUGUUGGAGAUGGAGUGCCAGCGACAUCCCGAGGACCCCCAGCGGGUGGGGCGCCUCCUCCUCACCCUCCCCCUCCUCCGCCAGACAGCUGGUCGCGCCCUCACUACCUUCUACAGCAUCAAGACCCGAGGCGGCGUGCCCAUGCACAAACUCUUCCUAGAGAUGCUGGAAGCCAUGAUGGACUCGCCCUAGAGAGAAGGGAGGAUGAGGAGAAGCCAAGGAGAGCGGAUGCAAGGGCACGAUGAGAGACGGGCAAUCUGCAGAGUGAAUGGCUGGCUGCUGUGAACGGAGAGGUUUGUCUUAGAUUUUGACCAUGAAGAAUGUGGAGAUAAUCUCUGGCCUCUUCAGAGAUUCAAAAUGGUGUUAAAAAAAUGGAGAAACAUGUAUACAUGUUGUAGAUGCCCUCAGUGGAGGUUGAUGGUGGAGUUUAACUCCUUAAUACCUGACUGCCAAACUUCAUUGAAAGAGUCCAAGACAUAGUCAGUUUGAUUGUCAGAAUCAUAUUAGAUUUCCAGUAUCACUAAGGUUUUUCAUUUGUAGCACUGGGCACAGACGUCAAUUCAAUGUCUAUUCCAUGUUGGUUCAAUGUAAUUUCAACCAGUGUGUGUGCCCAGUGGGUAAGCUUCACAUCAGAAACUACUGAAGGACUGCAGUUAGAUAUCUAAGACCAGACUGUAACCUUGUGGCUGAGUCUUGAUUGUGAAAAAUGCAAUAUCUCCCUCCACACAAAAGCCAUACUAAAAUACCAGGCAAAGAAACAACCAUUUACAAAGACUGCAGUAUAGGGUCAGACCAACAUGCACCCAUAAGAGUAGUAGGUUAGUCUACAUACACAGACGCACAGUCUUACAAUUUACUCAUAGGAAUUACUUGCAAUAUUUUUAAAGCAAUACAAUACUUUACAUACAAAAAAGUUGCAGACAAAAUAAAAUAAUAGUGGUAACUGGUUAGGCAAUGACUGGCUAUACGUAUAGGCCUAGGUGGCAGGGUGGGUGUGGAAAAACAGCUUAUAAAAGGCUGUGCAAAUGGUUAUUAGUCCAAGAAAAGGGAUUAUGAUGAUUGUCAACAAAGUGUUGAAGUGUUGCUGUACUUGGAAGUUGUUUGAUUUUAUUUAUACUGUAAGUAGUCCCAAUAGGCAUACAAAAAAAAUGAAUUAUGCGCAAGCCUUUGUGUGAGUGUAUGUGAGAGAGAGAAGGUGCGCUGUCAUUUUGCAGUGUUGGCACCACACUGAAGCGGCAAGAUCAGGGGAAAAAGCAACUGUUCUACUUUCUUGGUCAGCCUGGCCAUAACAGAGUGAAUAAAGAAGAUUGGGUCAGAGGGGAACUACAAUGGCUCCUGAGCAUGUUUUCAUUGGAUGCUUGAUUCUCCAGAUCUCUUCACUGGUCCUCUCCAACCCCUCUGAUUCAGAUGGAAUGUGCUGUUUAAAACCAUUAGUUUGAUUAACUGACUGCCAUUAUUAGUGAUCAAAUCGGUUUGGGGCUAAAAUUAGGAAUUUAAACAGUUUUUUAUAUAUAUAUAUAUAUAUAUAUAUAUAUAUAUAUAUAUAUAUAUAUAUAUAUAUAUAUAUAUAUAUAUAUAUAAAAAACUGUUUAAAUUCCUAAUGUAAAUAUAUAUAUAUGAGGUGUCGUUUCAGCGGAACAGUUUGCUUCUCCUCUUGCAGCCGCUGAAAGACUGAAGAAAGGGACUUCUGUUGUUUUGACCUGGAGGUCUUCGUACUGUGUAUGACCUUUGAACUGCAAGCCUAAUAGUGCCCAAAUGGGGUUUAGAGCAACAUGAAAUGCAACACAUUCAGCCUCAUAUGGGAAUCUACAGCCACUCUGACUGAGACCCUCCUUUUAAUCAUUCUCAUAGUUUCUAUUUGUCUGUUUACUCUGUUUUAUGGGCUUGAUUGGUGAUAUACAUGUAUCUAUUCAGAGCUCUUACAGUUUCUGUAAGCUACAGUGUCUGUAAGCUACCAGAAAUUGCAAAAUGUAAAGGGCCUGGACUGUUGGUCUUUUGGCCACUUGUUGAGGAAGAAUUUGAUUGUAAAUCAAUCAGAGCAGCAAAAUGCUAAUUCAGUCUACAAUGUCAUAACAUUUCUAGUAAUACAGCACCCAACAUGUAUGAUGUAGACUCUAAACCAUACAUGUUGGGUGCUGUAUUACUAUAAAUAAGUUAUGACUGUGUAUUUUCACUGUUGAGAACUUUAGCGCAUGGCAAAAAAGCCCAUGAGAGCUGAAUCCAGUAAAUGUGGUAGUCCCUGACAUGAAUGAUGGGAUAGAUUCAACUAAUUGCCACUGUUAAUUGAAAUUCAUACUUGAGUAUCUGUUUUUUUCUACAGGAUUUUAAUCUUGAGUUUAGAUUGUUAAGCUUGGAAAGUUUGGUACUAAAAUAAGACUGUUAAACUCUGAAAGUUUGGUACUGAAAUACCUGAAUAAGGCAAUCCAUUGUGAAUGUUGUGAAUGUUAUGUGUUUCAAAUUCAUUACUGAAAUAGAUUUUUUCUUCUGAUAAUGCAUUGAAGAAAACCCAUGUUCUUUAGUAUGUUAAUUCAACCAUGUUGAAUUAACAUACUCUCCUCUCAAUUACCCCACCUAGUUGUGAGAGGAGAUUUUGCAGUCUGGAAACUCCCAAACAAAUGUUCGAGAUUUAGUUCUGUUCUUCGUGGUUGUGGAUGUUUCUUCGUGGCUGUGGAUGUUUGCGUUUGAUGACCAUUUGUGGCUCCAUUAUUGUAAUUCAGGUUUUUAAAUUAAAAAGUAACACCAGGCGACAAUUGUUUCAACUCUGUACUAUAUCUUGCUGUCUGAUUUGUUAUGUGUUCUAUCAUAAUUUUUUUAUUUUGUUUCUCAAAGACUGAAAAAAAAAAAAAAUGUGUACAGUUUAAUAAAGUUAAUGUUUGUGUCAAUAUUAACUCUAAUAUAAUAAUACAAAGGUAGUGUUUUCAUAGAGAUACGAAAUAUGUAAUGCCACUUUGUCUGUCAUAUAUAGGUACGGUUGGUGGGGGGGAUUUAGACUAUCACAAUGUAGAGGAUGUAAAGUCAUUGCUAGUUGUUAGUAUGUUUGUGUACAUUGACGUAAAUGAGCAAUACAAGAAAUUACCAAAACUCAGUUUCACAUUUCCUUGUAUAGUCACAUAAUGUAAAUUAAACAUCAACAGUAAUAAAAAUAAUUAAUAGUAGUACUAAAGCUUAUAAUAUGGAAAAAUUCUAAUCAAUAUUUGUAUUUAAAAAAAUACUGUAUUUAAAAUAUUAAAUUCUAUUUUUCACUCAAUUUGCUGAUGUUUGUUGAUACUUGUUUAAUUUUUUUGUGUGGGUUUAAGUCUAAUGGCUGUGAAUGUCUGUGUUUGUAUUGUUUUUCAGUAAGCUACAAUGGUUAAUUUGAUGUGACUGUCUAAACAAAAUGUUCAUAAUUAAAUCACUGUGAAGACAAAUGCUACACUGCAGGAAACAAGGGGUCGAUAUAAAUAUUGUAGGUGCUUUGUGUUUUGUAAUAAAUUAGCAGACACCAUCACA